UGUAUGUAUAGUACGUUUAUUAUAACUGAUAGUUUGGUUAGGAAUUUUAACCGUGUCAAUAUAUUUGCUGAAAAUCUGACACGUGGAUACCUUGAUAGUCAAAUCUGAGCUCAGAAGAAUAUUUCUUGCUGCUAGAUCUCUAAAAAUAUGGCCUCUGCUGCUAUAUCACCGACCGAAGACGAUGAAUUGACCCUGCCUCGUGCAUCGAUCAACAAGAUGAUCAAGGAAAUUUUGCCACACGUGCGCGUAGCGAACGAGUCCCGAGAACUGAUAUUAAAUUGUUGCACAGAAUUCAUUCAUUUACUUUCCUCCGAAGCAAAUGAAAUUUGUAAUCAACAACAGAAGAAAACUAUAAACGCCGAGCAUGUUCUUCAAGCACUAGAGAAGCUUGGAUUUGGAGAUUAUAGCGCAGAAGCGGAAGCAGUUUUGCGAGACUGCAAAGCCGUCGCUGCUAAACGAAGACGUCAAAGUACUAGAUUAGAAAAUUUGGGAAUCCCAGAAGAAGAACUUCUUAGGCAACAACAAGAAUUGUUUGCCAAGGCAAGAGAAGAACAAGCAGUAGCUGAACAACAGCAAUGGCAACAAUUACAAGCAGUUGCACAAAUGGCUUCGAUGCAACAAGCCGACAGCGAACAAGAAGAUUAUUCGUAAAUAAUCAUUUAUUUUGUUCGAUUUGUGUAGAUGUGCUCGAUCAGGGUCGGUUCUCAUCGGUCAUAAAUAAGAAACAUUUUUUCUUCAACAGCAAAUUGGGGAGCGAGGGGGCGAGGG